AUGGGUGAUUCAGAAGCUGCAGUAAACCCUAAAGCUUAUCCUCUUGCCGACACCGCGCUGACCGCUAAGAUUUUAAACUUAGUUCAGCAAGCGUCAAACUACAAACAACUCCGCAAGGGUGCCAAUGAAGCUACGAAGACGUUGAAUCGCGGUUUAUCGGAGUUUAUCAUAAUGGCAGCUGAUGCUGAGCCAUUAGAAAUUGUGCUUCACAUUCCUAUCCUCUGUGAGGAUAAAAACGUACCUUAUGUAUUUGUUAGGUCUAAGCAAGCUCUGGGCAGAGCCUGUGGAGUUUCUCGGCCAAUCAUUGCUUGUUCAAUUACAAUAAACGAAGGCUCGCAGCUCAAGCCACAGAUUCAAAGUAUUCAACAAGAAAUUGAAAGACUCUUAGUGUAA